AUGUUUGAAGCUCAAAACCUGGACGACGUCUGCCUCCUUGAGUGUGUUUGCAUUUGUAAUACCACCUCCCUACAUUAUGGUCGCUGUUUUCCCAACGCAACAGACCGCAGAAGAAGAAAGGGGGCGUUCUUCCUGACUGUCCUACUGUCGACCGCCAUGAUUAGUCUGCUUCAAGUGUGUGGUGGAAAGUUCCUCACACGCAGCACCGUUCUCCAAGUUGCGAACAAAGCCUUCUAUUCCGCACAGAUGAGCAAACGCGUGGCCGUGGUUUUAGCAGGCUGCGGAGUCUACGAUGGCAGCGAAAUCCACGAAGCCUCCGCCAUUUUGGUGCAUUUGAGCAGAGGAGGCGCGAGUGUGCACAUGUUCGCCCCCGAUGUGGAACAAAUGCACGUCAUUAACCACGCGAAGGGCGAGCCCACUCAGGAGAAGAGGAACGUGUUGGUGGAGAGCGCCAGGCUGGCCCGUGGGAACAUCCGGGCUCUUUCUGAAUUGAAUGUCAAAGAUCAUGACGCCAUCAUCUUCCCAGGUGGCUUCGGGGCCGCCAAGAACCUGUGCACGUGGGCGGUGCAGGGUAAGGACUGCUCUGUCAACAGCGAGGUCAAAGCGGUUCUGGAGGCCUUCCGCGGCGAGGGCAAACCCAUCGGCCUCUGUUGCAUCUCGCCCGUGCUGGCCGCCAAAGUGUUUCCCGGAUGCGAGUUGACAGUCGGCCUGGAGAACGACGACAAGUACCCCAACACGACGGACACGGCGGCCGCCGUCAAGCAGCUGGGCUGCAAGCACGUGAGCGUCAACGUGAGCCAGAGCCACGUGGACGGCAAGAACAAGCUGGUGACCACCUGCGCUUUCAUGUGCGACGCACCCAUCCACGAGGUGUUCGACGGCAUCGGCUCCAUGGUGAAGGGGGUGCUCGAGCUCGCCUGAGGUCACAAAGCACAGCUAAUAAAAAUGUGUUUUAGCCAGCUUUACUGCUAAAGUUGUGUUGGUUUAUGAAAACGCACUCCCACACUCAACAUGCAGCACUCUUAGUGUGUUAGCUUUUUGUUCUAGGAAAUCGAAUCGUGCACAAUGUCUGCAAUCCAAUUUUCCACAGGCUAUUUUUGUGGCACAAUGUGGUGAACGGAGGGGCUAUAUUCAUAGUCACAUCGUGGCAGAACUGAAGUUAUGUAACUGCAAUGUGGUGAGGUUGAUGCAAAAAAAAAAAAAAAAACAUGAUGUUAAAAGCAGCUGUAGCAAAUCAUGUUAACCAAACCUCUUUUCAAUUGUAUGUUAUUGUACUGAGGAAAAUGCUAAAUAAA